GAUUACAAAAUUAAAAUAAAUUUAGCGCUCAUCCUAGUAACUUAAUCCAGGCAGAAUGUUAUCACGAUUAGCGCGGCUGAGAUCACACUCUACCCUCCAACCACAGUUGACAAGACUCAUCAGUGAUGCAGUGGUUACGGAAAAGGGAAUAAGUUUUGACGGAAGAGACUUGCUGCAUAUUGAGACCCGUCACAUGUGCAAAUGCGAAGCCUGUUUUGGGAAAAUCGCCCACCAGCGCCUGGAUCUACCUUUAAGUGGGAGCUUGUCCCCGGGAAUCAAAGUGGAGGAGAUUGGUAGAAUGUCAAAGCAUUAUCUUGGAUUGAAGUGGAGUGAUGGACAUGAGGGACUAAUUGCGCGGACCUUGAGGGGAGACUACGGACCUAACCCCAUACACUCUCGUAUGGAUAAGUUGCUAAAUCUCACGAGGAGGAAGAACUCAGAACAGAAAUUCUGGGCUGAAACAGACGCGGAAGUUACAAAACCUUGGGAUUACUCCUGGGUAAUAAAGGACGUUGAUAACACCAGAGAGUUCCUGACCCACUACAUGAGAUACGGUAUCGCGUUCCUGAAAGGUAUACCGGCUGAAAAGGGCAUGUUGGACGUCGUAGAGGAUGGUCUUAAAAUGAGACCUAUGCGGACCACGUUUUACGACACAGUAGAUAUCGUGAGCUUCAAACCGGACGCUAACAAUUUAGCAUACAGCAGCGGGCAUCUGGGGCUCCACCUCGACCUACCUUACUAUUAUCAGACUCCACACAUGCAGUUCUUCCACGUUAUGGAGAACACAGUUGAAGGUGGCGAGGGUAUUUGGACAGACUCCUUCUCAGCGUUCAGAAAAAUGUCAGAAGAGAGGCCCGACCUUCUGGAAGUGUUGAAAACUGUUCCAGUGACCUACAGGUACACGCCACCAGGGACAGGAAUAUUCCAGAUGAGUCACCAGAAUGUGUUCAACAUGCUGGGGCAAGAUAUUAUGCAGACCGUUGAUCAUCCGUUCUGCCUGGAUUCGGCCAUGUUUACCCGUUUCACGGACACGGGAACCAGAGAGAAGUGGUGGGAAGCGUACACGUACUACAGAGGAAUAGUGGAGGAUCCUAGUAGGUGGGCAACAAAGAGACUGAACGCGGGAGAGGUUGUCAUCACGGAUAAUUGGAGAGUCUACCACGCUCGAAGGGCGUUCAGAAAGACAGCUCCCGAACAAGAGAGGGUAGUUGGUACUGCAUACCUCGACUGGCAGCAUAUGGUCAACAGAGUCCUCUCACCAGAAAAAGGAAUCCCAUUAUUCUUAGAGGUUGACCAACACUGAAGAGCCAGCGAUUUAAUAAUUGCAGCUUAAACUGUUUACAGGCAUCAGCAGCACACUUGGCUUGUCACAACUUUAUCAUUGAGCUUGAUUAGCAUUGAGUAAGACUAAAUUGCAUGAUAUUGUAAAUAGUUAUCCAGCGUUUAGAUGUAAUCGAGAUCAAUGUAUAACAAUGUAUAACAAUGUAUAACAAUGUAUAACAAUGUAUAACAAUGUAUAACAAUGUAUAACAAUGUAUAACAAUGUAUAACAAUGUAUAACAAUGUAUAACAAUGUAUAAUUAUAAUUUUAAUUAAAUUACACAAUUUGAAGAGAGAUG